UUCCGUUACAAAGGCUGAACUUGGCCCCAUCACCUGCUGUGUAAACGUAAACACGGCGCCGGGGAAUCGAGGCUCCAGCACACGCCCUAGUCACCGGCGCCUUGGCAGUGACCCUCGAGGCAGAGCAGGGCAGUGAAGGAGCCCGUCCCAGGAGCGUACUGCGGGUGUGGAGGGAGUGAAUCUGAAGGAGGGGAGCAGAUAAUCUCGCCAUGUUGGCCUCGAGACGGCUAGCGGCCUGCGUGCCCCGCUUCCUGCCCCCUGCGUGCACAUACCACAGACAAGCUCUAACCAACACAGCCGUGAAAAAGAAACGCUCUCAGCUGUUCACUCAGGAGGCCCAACGACAGGCUGCUCUCAUCACAGACGUGGAGAAGAUAGAGGUGCAGUAUGAAGGACACCCAGAAAAUUGCACACUGGUCAUGAACAAGUGUAUGUCUACCCCAUACAACUGUGCCCAGCACAUCACCCAGAUGAUCCUGGAGCGGUCCGUGCUGGCAGAGGUGGACGGCCAGGUGUGGGACAUCCACCGGCCCCUGGAGGACAACUGUACUCUCCGUUUCCUCCACUUCAGACAGUCUGACCCAUACUAUGCCAACAAAGCAUUCUGGCGCUCAAUGUCAGUGAUGCUCGGGGCUGUGCUGGAGUCUGCAUUCAAGGACAAUCUUUAUGUAGAACUCUGCUCCUAUCCCUCCCCCAAUGUGCGCACUGGCAGCUUUGUGUAUGAUGCUGAUCUCAAAAUACCCAGCUGGGAGCCCACUAAGGAGGAACUGAGAACACUGUCAGCAGAGAUGGUGAAGUUGUCCAUGGCUGCCCACCCCUUUGAGAGGCUGGAGGUGGAUGCCAGUGUUGCUCUUAAAAUGUUUGCAGACAAUAAGUUCAAGACACAUCAGAUCCCCCAAAUGGCAGCCCAGAGCACCUCAGGUAACACGGUUGUGGUGUAUAGGAUCGGGGACUUUGUGGAGGUGAGCCGUGGACCGAUGAUAGCCAACACAAGCCUUCUGGGCAAGGUGUCUAUUGUGGCGGUCCAUCCCAUUGAAAGUAGUGAAGGUCAACUGUUCAGGGUGCAAGGAGUGGCACUUCCCAAAGGUUUUAUGUUGAAUCACUUUUCCUAUGGCCUGUUGGAGAAGAGAGCAGAACAACUGAACUCUGGUCGCCUACCAGCCUUCUCACCCACUCCCAGUCAGCCACAGACACAACAGGCCGCUGCACCUUAGUCUGACCACUGAGCUACCCUUCAGAUCAGGGAGCAGGCAUCUACUGUAUAAUAAUUGUACCUUUUUUUAAGCUGUAUAAAUAAAACAUUAGACAUA